AUGGGAAAACCUAUAGAAUACAAACACACAUAUGAAACCGAUAGAUUUUACAUCGUAGGGAAUGGAAAAAUCAGAGUAACAAGUAAUCAAAAGACCGGAGAGAUCAUCAAAGGUGGUAUCGUCGAAAAAAUUCGUGUUGCAAAUUUGGAUAUUUACUCACCAAAUACAAAAUUAGAUUAUCGUAUUUCUGUAAACUUAGAAAGGCCGAGGGAAAUGCCGAAUGGGUCACAUAGUUUUGAGAGGAAUAAGGAUAGGUUGUGUUACACUCAUCAAAUUAUUAAGGCUGGAGCAAGAGGCUCGCAAGAAUUAACUCAUGAGUUAGAAGUGGAAUUUAUAGAUCCAAGUAUUCUAUAUGAAGAACGGCUCAAGGUUGAAAACCAACAAAAAAACCGUUAUUUUGAGAUUGUUGAACAUUUUCUCAACAAUAUCAGAGUUUUAGCUAAAAAAGUCCUUUGA